GAGAGAGAGAGCAGAGCGCGCUGGCGGCGCGGCGGAGGGACGUGCUCGCGGGGUGGCCCUCGCCGUCCUCCUCUUCCUUGCAGCCUCCCCUGCAGGAGGCUCAAGUUUGACCUGGCAGGAGAGGAGGUGAAAGGCGGCGGCAGAAGCAGCAGCAGGAGGGACCUGGACAGGGAGGCGGCGGCGGCAGGAGCAGCAGCCAGAGGACCCGGCGAAGUAUGGCAGAGAAGUGGACUCGGCAAGUUUGCAGCGGGGCCGAGGCGGAGAGGGGCAGCCGGGCCGGCGCUCUCUCCCCGCCGCCGCUGCUGCUGCUACUGCUGCUGUGCACGGAGGCGCCGAUGCUUCCCGCUCUGGGGCAGCAGCAGCAGUACAACGGCGAGCGGGGCAUCUCGGUACCGGACCACGGCUACUGCCAGCCCAUCACCAUCCCCCUGUGCACGGACAUCGCGUACAACCAGACCAUCAUGCCCAACUUGCUGGGCCACACUAACCAGGAGGACGCGGGCCUGGAGGUGCACCAGUUCUACCCGCUCGUCAAGGUGCAGUGCUCGGCCGAGCUCAAGUUCUUCCUGUGCUCCAUGUACGCGCCCGUGUGCACCGUGCUGGAGCAGGCGCUGCCGCCCUGCCGCUCCCUGUGCGAGCGGGCGCGCCAGGGCUGCGAGGCGCUCAUGAACAAGUUCGGCUUCCAGUGGCCCGACACGCUGCGCUGCGAGAAGUUCCCCGUGCACGGCGCCGAAGAGCUCUGCGUGGGCCAAAACACCUCCGAGCGCGGCACGCCCACGCCCUCGCUGGGACCCGAGUUCUGGACCAGCAACCCGCAGCUGCGGCCCGGCGGCGGCGGCGUGGCAGGAGGUGGGGGCGGAGGGAGCCACCUGGCGGAGCGGGCGGGCAGGUUCACCUGCCCCCGGGUGCUCAAGGUGCCCUCCUACCUCAACUACCGCUUCCUGGGCGAGAAGGAUUGCGGGGCGCCCUGCGAGUCUGGGCGCCCCUACGGGCUCAUGUACUUCGGGCAGGAGGAGCUGCGCUUCUCCCGCACCUGGAUUGGCAUCUGGUCGGUGCUGUGCUGCGCCUCCACCCUCUUCACCGUGCUGACCUACCUGGUGGACAUGAAGCGCUUCAGCUACCCGGAGAGACCCAUCAUCUUCCUCUCGGGCUGCUACACGGCGGUGGCGGUGGCCUACAUUGCAGGGUUCCUGCUGGAGGAGAAGGUGGUGUGCAACGAGCGCUUCUCCGACGAUGGCUCGCGGACGGUGGCACAGGGCACGAAGCGCGAAGGGUGCACCAUCCUCUUCAUGAUGCUCUACUUCUUUGGCAUGGCCAGCUCCAUCUGGUGGGUGAUCCUCUCCCUCACCUGGUUCCUGGCGGCUGGCAUGAAGUGGGGCCAUGAAGCCAUCGAGGCCAACUCCCAGUACUUCCACCUGGCUGCUUGGGCUGUGCCCGCUAUCAAAACCAUCACCAUCUUGGCUCUGGGGCAGGUGGAUGGGGAUGUGCUGAGUGGCGUCUGCUUUGUGGGCAUCAACAAUGUGGAUGCCCUGCGGGGCUUUGUGCUGGCUCCUUUGUUUGUUUACUUGUUCAUUGGCACUUCUUUCCUCCUGGCUGGAUUUGUCUCCCUUUUCAGAAUUCGGACCAUCAUGAAACACGACGGUACCAAGACAGAGAAGCUGGAAAAGCUGAUGGUUAGGAUAGGGAUCUUCAGCGUCCUGUACACAGUGCCUGCUACCAUAGUCAUUGCCUGCUAUUUUUACGAGCAAGCAUUUAGGGAACAGUGGGAAAGGAGUUGGUUUGCUCAAAGCUGCAAGAGCUAUGCCAUCCCUUGCCCCAGUAACCACCACCAUCCGCCCAUGAGUCCUGACUUCACCGUCUUUAUGAUCAAGUAUCUCAUGACUUUAAUUGUAGGCAUCACUUCUGGCUUUUGGAUCUGGUCUGGGAAAACACUCAAUUCCUGGAGGAAGUUCUAUAGCAGACUCACCAACAGUAAGCAAGGGGAAACUACAGUGUGAAGCUCCCACACCAACCAGAGACACCUGGCAAAGGAACUUCCUCUCUGCUCACAGUCCGAGCCAGAAAGUAAAGGAGAGAAAGUGGUCACAUAGGUGCUGUCCAAAGUCUCAUGACUUUUCUCUCCAGCCCACAGGGGACUGGAUGUAAAGAGGCUGGUGCUGGUGGAGAAACAGACCUUAUUCCCCUUGCCUCUUGUCUUCUACUGGACUAAAUUUUACUGUAAAGUUGGGAAUGUGGAUCUGAGGUUGUAAAUAGCCUCUGUAAGAUUUUGUAAGUAUAUUUGUAUUUAAAUUGCAAAGUUCUCACUUUUGUAAUUAUUUAGAACUUUUUUAACCAGUUUGCAGCCUUUCUCCCCCCUCUCUUUCUCUCUCUGAAGGAGAAAGAAAAUCAAUGUUCUUCUUUAUUUUAUUUGCAAAGCUGAUAUCAUAGGAACCAAAAUGAGCCCAAUAGCUUUCCUUUUCUCACCUCCCACCCCACACGUCAUGGUAAUAGUUGUGUGUCAAGCUGCUUAGGUCUAGGAUUAAGGAUAACUGACUCAUAAUUUGACAUAUGUUAUAAAUUGCCCCACUGAUACCAGUAGAAUUAAUGGUUUCAGGAAAAUUGUCUGGGUAGGCUGCAUGGCUGACUUGAUCUGCGCUGCAAGACAAAUACAGACAGGGAGUGGAAAAGCCUUAACUCCCAUCUCUGCUCAGCAUGACCUGAAGGAAUAAAGGAGCAAGCAGUUUUACCUGUUCCACCCCACCUGGGGAGGAGUAUGGGAAAGGGAACUGCAUGUUAUUAUUACCCAACUGUAUUGCCUAGCCCUUGCCUAAGAAAACUUUCUCUCCACCACCAAACUCUUGGUGAGAAAGUUUCCUAAGCUCUGCCUAAAGGUGUGACCUGUUUUUAAGAAGGAUGAAAUUGAAAGGUUGGGAGUGAUAUUUUUCUCACCAGCUGCUCCUUUACACACAUCUGACCAUUUUAAAGAACUGCUAACUUUUCUCUUAACUUUGUUAAUAUAUGGAAUGGGCAGCCUGCUUUUUAAGCCUGCAAGAGGCAGCUUCUACUUUCUAUGGAAAUACGGCCAUUGGUUGUAAUUGUUAAUCUGUAGCGAGGAUGAGGUGGUGCAUUUUGAUUGUGAUUUUGACACUCCAUUUCUUAAUAGCCUGCUCUUUUGAUAGAUUUUUUUUGUUCUGUUUAAUGAGUUUGCUGGGAGAGAGCCAUCAGGAAAAGCGCUAUUGAGUUGAUUUUUACAAACCUACUCAGUAUGACCAAGAAGAAGGGGGGGGGGACAUAAACCCAGUAAAAGAUCUCUGCAGCUUGGAUUAUUCAGAUUUUCACAGCAUUUAUAACACUGACAUUUCAUUUCUACAUAUCUUCAUAACUGGUGGGUUUUAAUUCCUUCUUGUUAGUAGGUGAAUGAAAGGCAUGGUGAUUUAUGCCGCCAAGAAAAAUAGAUUUCAGUUGAAUGAUAGGGUGUGAGACCCCAAAGAAUCUACAAGCCUGAUGUUUCAAUAUAGUAAUUUAUAUGUAAAGCUAAAAGAGCCUGUGUAUGAUUGGUCUGUGUUCUCUCUGAACUGUUAUGGCUCAUAUUUCCUUAACAGGCUUAUACAAGAUGUGUCAAUUUUAACUGGCAAACACCUUUUAAUAUUUAAUCCUUUGUAUAGCAGCAGACUUGCUGCUCUUCCGAUUGUACUGUUUCAAACUUCUUUUUAUAUAAGCACCUGUCAUAAAUAUUAUCCAUGACUUAACCUUACCCUAAAAUGCAUAGCUAUGUGAAUUUGGUAUGCAUUUCUUUCUGUUCACUAUUGCAAGAUCAACUAUAUUUAUAGAGGAAUAGAAGUUUAUAUAUAAAUAUAUAUAAAAUACAUAUUUUUAAUUUCUUUGAAAUAAAUUGAGGUUUUGUACAAAA